UCUGUCUAUCAAGCAAGCAAGAACAUUUCCUUGGCGUUGUGGUAGUAUGUGAAGUGGUUAUUGGGAAUUAAUCGAAACACACAAGAUUUUCUCUUAUAUAUGAAGAACUAGAAAGAAAAAACUAUAAAGAUGGGUCGCCGAUCUAUUAAUACCACUAAAAGUGGUAAAUAUAUGAACCCCACGGAUCAAGCUAGAAAAGAAGCCAGAAAGAAAGAAUUGAAGAAAAAUAAAAGGCAAAGGCAAAUGGUUCGGGCGGCGGUACUCAAAAUGAAAGAUCCCACACAGAUACUUGAGGAACUACAAAAAAUUGAUGAAAUGGAAUAUAAUGUGCUGCAACCAUCGCCGCUCAAUGAAAAAGUUUUAAAAGAAAAAAGAAAAAAACUUAGAGAAACAUUUGAUAGAGUUCUCAAAAUGUAUGACAAAGACGAACCAGAGAAGUGGGUGGAGCUGAAGCGGCAAGAGAUGGAGUAUGAGAAACGGAGGGCGCAUCUGAUCUCUUACUACGAGUCAGUGAAACACGCCCAGUCGGUACAAGUUGAUGAUAUCCCUUUGCCGACUAUACAAGUUCCAGAAAAUGUGCUUUACGGCAAUUUGCCAUCACAAAUACCCCUUCCAAUGGACAUAACUCAGCCAACUCCGAAGCCUAUAUUGAAACACUACCCUAAGGAAUGUCGGCCAGCAGGCGUGGACCCGCCGGGCGUGCCCCCCGGGCCCCCGCCAGACUUCGUGAACAUCCUCCUGGAGGCCACCAAGCUCGAGAGCGUUGCGAAGAUCAAAGAACCAGUCAAAGAGAAGAAGCAGUUAAGGUUCUUGGAUAUGCCCGAUGAAGGACCGCCUGGUGAAUGCAUGACAUCCUGUCACAUGGACGUACCUGUGCCCAAUCCGAUCAUACCGGCAGUAGUACCGCACGUGCCAAAUUAUGAUGGAGAAGAAAUUGAACCGCCCGAGCGUCCUGUCACUCCGCCAGUGGUACCCGUGGCUGCACCAGCUCCAAAACCUACUUCGCUACAGCAAAGGAUGUUGGCGCUUUCUGGGCAGAACAUAGAUGAUUUUAUGAAAGAGAUGGAAGAGGUGCAUAAGAAGAGAGAAAGGGACAGAGCUGCUGAUUUGAAUGCUAGACUGAGCGCCCUAAAACGCAACGGAGUAUCGUCUCGAGACAGCGACUCGGACAGCGACGGCGAGCCGCCCCAGCCACAGCCGCCGCAACUCGAUUUGUUGGAACCGCCCGGACUUGAGAUGAGGGCGAUGCCCCCGCCUCUAAUACCAGGGCUCCGUCCACCACUACGCGCGCCACUGGGCCCUCCCCCGGGGCUGCCGCCGCGUCCCCCCGGCCCCCCGGGCCCCCCGCCGGGGCUGCCCCCGCGCGCGCUGCUCCGCCCCCCCGGCCCGCCCCCCGGAGCCCCCCCGCGGUUGCUACGGCCGCUACAGCCCCCGCCACCGCCGAAACCACUGCCACAGUUGUCUGUGCUGUCCGCCGCGCCACAGCUUAUAUCGAAGAAGGAUGGGGUGCAAGGUGCAACUAUCAGCGCCAAGCCCCAAAUCAGGAAUCUAUCCGCUGACGUCACUCGCUUCGUCCCGUCCGCUUUACGAGUCAAGCGGGAAGACAAGAAAGCGAAACCAGGCUUGAAGACCACUGUACACAGGGCAGCAGACAUACCGAAACAAGCCCCGAGCAAAGACGACGCGUACAUGCAGUUCAUGAAGGAAAUGGAAGGCUUGUUAUAGUGUAAUCAAUAAAGUGAUGGGCUAGCAACCUAUCAAUAUUUGAAUCUUCAUUUGAAAUCUUCAGCUGAACGUGGCUUCGCCUUUUUGAGACUAUUGCAUCAUUAUGUAUGUUAUUUUUUCAGAAUAUUAUAUCUUGUAAUAAAAAAAAAUACACUGUU